AUGUGGAAACCCCCGUCUCCCACUGAGACCCCGCGAUCGCCCUCUGUGGACGAGUCUGCACUCGGGGCCAUGUCAGCUACACGGACGAAGAAUCCUGGCCGGAGGUUCGCGCAGGUCGUGAAGCUGAAGAAGGAGUGCGUGGACCAGUACAAGGCUUGCCACGCGGCUGUCUGGCCCGAGGUGGCCCAGCAGAUUAAGCAGUGUGGGAUCGAAGACUACAGCAUCUUUUACGACGACAUUACCGGGCUCCUGUUCGGCACUUACAAGUACAUUGGCUACGACUUCGCGGGCGACAUGGAGCGCAUGGCAGAGAACCCCAAGGUGCGCGAGUGGUGGAAGAUGACGGACAGUUUCCAGGAGAGCGUUGUGCCUGGGGCUGUCAGCUCCGAGGCGGGCGUGCCGAGUUGGUGGAAGCCAAUGGAGGAGGUGUUUUAUCAAGCCUAG